UCACCCUUCCGUCGUCACUCACAUUAACAGAUUCCAGCAGAACCCACCAAUCCAUAUCAUCAUAUUCUUCCACACAUCGUCAUAACCACUUUCCACUGCGACAGUGCUCAUUACAGUUAUACACCUUGCCACUGCUAGUCUAUCGCAGACUAUUUGCCACUCGAUUGUAGCAUUAAACGCUCCACUCUCAAAAAUCUUUUUCACUGCGUGCAUUCGUCGCCUUCACCACAAAAAAAAAAAAGUGUAUUACUAUUUGCUCUUCUUGAAAAAUGGCUGCGGUUGCACAAGCACCUCCUUCAAUGCCUCACUCGUCUAUUGAGAACUCUGUUACUCGACCUUCAUCUUCUGCCUCUAACCCCAAACGCCAACUAUCUGAAGCUCCCGCGUCAAGAGGCGGUGAAGAAAACUCAAACUUGGCUGCUACUGUCACCGUGACAGAAUCGACACCGGUCGAGAAUAAGGAGAGCAAGGAAAGCGGGAAUGCAAAAGCCGGGUCUUCCGACAAGGACAAACCUGCCGACCAAGCUUCCGACGUACAGAGACCUCCUCUCCGACCUAAUGCCGUGGCGCGCUCCCGACUCGAACAAGAACCCAACCCAUUCGAACAGUCAUUCCGCGACUCGCACGGUCCCGGCACUUCUGACCGCGACACCCCUCCUCGUGGUACAGACGCGACCUCUACCCGCCACAACGCCUUACCACCUCUUUCAUCACUCACGAGCCCUGCCGCUGCGGACCCUACUCAAUUCCCCUGGCUUGCCAAUCAAUCUCUUCGUUCGGGCCCUUUGAGCCCGGCUAUGCUCACUGGUCCCCAGGGCGCAAACCAAUCUUCAACUUCUAAUAAUCUCAGGCCCAACGAAGGGAACGCUGAAGGCGGAUUCGAGUCUUCAGGUUUUAGGACUGGCUUUACACCCGGUACAGGAUCAGGUUUCACGCCGGGUUACAACUCGUUUAUAAACUCGUCGCUCAAUUCUUUGCCUAUUCCCUCGCCGAACACGGCCGCUUUCCUCAACUCAAUCACAAACGUCACUCCUCUUGGAGAAAGUAGCGAGGUCGCCCAAGCCGCUGCCGCACAAGCACAGGCGCAAGGCCAAACAACGUCCAACGCUUCCUCCAACUCUCAAACUUCUCAGAGCCAAUCUUCCACCGAGCCGAUCCAACCGCCUUCCGCUAUUCCGCCCCACAUGCAACCUCAUCCCCAUCACCCUCACCCCCUCUCACACGCUCAUUCACCAGCAAACAACCACUCUGGCCACCCGGGCCAAGACACAAUUACUCCCAACACGCUCAACGCACUUACCGGUGUCUUUGGCGAUAUGUCCCGAGCGCCUGCUGGUGCGCCAGGGCAAAACCAGUUUUUCGCACCGGCCAUGUCUGCCCACCCCGGCCAUCCCGGCCACCCAGGCCAUCCACACAACGCCCAUCCUGGCAUCCCUGGCGUGCCAGGCGUUCAUGGCGUCCCAGGCCAUCCAGGAGUCCAACUGCCGAUGGGAUAUGUAGACUACGCACAGCAUAAUGCGAAUGCGGCUUCACAGGCUGCAAACGGUCUUUUCCUCCUCAGUCAAGCACAUCAAGAGCUGUCAAAGCGAGAAGAAGCAGAGGGGACGCCCGGGAGUGGCGUCGGCGGACCGACAGGUCGAUCAUCACGUGGAGGAAAAGGUUCAAACACCUCUACACCCCAGACCGGGUCAAAGAGGAAAUCUGAUGGGGCGGCUAGAGGGAAUGCCAAGAAGGGAAAAAGGGCUAGCGCUGCCGCCACUGCCGCUUCUAUACCAGUCCAGAAGAAGGGGGGAAGUACGAGUGGAAGUGGGAAUGGAAGUGAAGAUGAGGAUGAUGGCAGUGAUAAGAAGGAACAAAAGUUUGAGACGGAGGAGGAGAAGAGGAAGAAUUUCUUGGAGAGGAAUCGACAGGCUGCUCUCAAAUGCCGUCAACGCAAAAAGGCAUGGCUCAAUGAGCUCCAAUCCAAAGUCGAAGGGCUUACCAUCGAGAAUGAACGUCUCCAGCAAACGGUGCAGCAGAUGCAUGACGAAGUUGGCAGGCUUACUGCCAUCUUGAUGCAGCAUCGUGAUUGCGGGCUGGGUAUCCCGGCGCCUUAUGGAGGAAGGCUGAGAUGAGAGUUUUAUGUCCUCGCCGUUGCCAUUUUUUCCCCGCUUUUACUCCCCACCCGCUCAACACGAUGAAUUUAUGUAUAGUCCCACGCCUCUUGCAGCAACACACCGCAACACAGCCCUCUUCUUAUCAAUACACACUACGCCUAUAUCAAUCAUCUCGCAAGCGAACUGCAGGAAGAUGGAUAGAUGAAAAGGAUAGUCGGGAGAUUUUUGGUCAUGAUGUGAUCAUUCUUCAAAAAAUGGCGUUUGAUGUUUUUUUUUUUUUCUUUAACCACACUUGUAUCAGUAGACACUCUCCACUUUUUCAUACUGCCUCUGAAUUUCCUUACUUUUUGCUUGACCCGUCUCUGCCUUGCUUUUCUUUUCGUGGUCGUAUAGUCUUUGGAGCUCAUUGCUACAUUUAUAUUUGCAAACACCUUGUGGGCGGUCUUUUCUAAAGAAUUUUUUUCUUCCUUCUCUUUCUUCAUCUGUUUUGACGUUUGCUCGUCAGCUUUACUUUCUCACCUUUUCAUUCAGUUUUCUUUUUUAUCAUUGUAACUCGUUAAAAAGCUCGAUUUAUCGAUCAACUCUUUUCUUUUUUCUUCAAUAUGCAAGCAUAAUACGAC